UUGAAUUUAUAGAUUUAUUACAUAAAUGUGUCUGAAGGUGAUGAAGUUAAAAUAAGAAGUGUGUGUGUGUGUGUGUUUGCUUUAUUUCCAACCUGCAGUCUUUGUGUUUCUGUUGCUCCUUAUCAGGUCCAGAGGAACCCAAAUGCUUCUGCAUUUAUUCAUUCAUUCAUUCAUUCAUUCAUUCAUUCAUUCAUUCAUUCAUUCAUUCAUUCAUUCAUUCACACUGAUAGUGAUGAGCUACUACAUAGUAGCCACUGCCUGACCAGGUGGAACCUCUGCUCCAUCCUCGGUUCUCAUGAUGUUAGUAAAUAUUGAUGCAUCUGAAUUUAUUAAUUUAUAUUUCUGCAGUUCUCAGAUGUUCUUCAUGUUUUUGUUUCCUGGAUUAUUUCUGUCACGAUGAGGUUGAGAGGUGCUGAGCCUGAGGAUCCAGCUUGGAGUGGAAGAAAGAUGAUUUAAUGGUGAAAAUAUUGUAAAGUCCAGCACAGAGAAGCAGAAGGCAAAGGCUCAAAACUAAAACAACGGACCAGCAUCAGACACAGCGAAACAGAUUAGAAAAGAUGAGGAACAAGGAACAGGUGGGAUUAAAAACAAGGAGGGUGAUCAGGGAACGAGACGAUGAAGAGGAUCCACACAGAAAAUCAAAUCCUCAGUUUCGUGUCAAAAUGUUGGAUCUAUUUGGACUUUUCUCACUCAGAAAUGAUAAGCAAACAAAUAAAUAAAUACAUAUUUAAUCUUAAUUUGAUCUGAUUUAAUCUGAAGUUACUGCUGCUAAUCUCGAUGUUCCUGUCUUCAUGGGACAUUUAUAGAUGAACUUCCUGUCUCUGUCUCUUGUUCCAGAAUCUGAUCCUUCUUCAUUUCUUCUCGUUUCUGAUUCUGUUAAAAGUUUUAAACUUUCACCUCACCUGGCUCUGGGAUGCGGUUGCCAAGGUAACCACCGCAGCUCGGUGACGCGGCAGAGAGAAGAUGAAGAAGAAAUCUGGGUCUGAUCAAAGAUCAACAAACUAAACCUUCCUCCUCCUCCUCUUCCUCCGGUCAGUAAAUCCAGAUCGGAUUGGAGGGAAAUUGGUGGCAAUUAAUCCUCUGGGAUUGAGAAGAGACCCCCCUCCCGUCCCCUUUCCUCCUUCGGCCCCCCUCCUGCCCACCACGCUGGAUCUGGCUCCUGAUUGGCUGCCGCCGCGGACCCGGGGGCCCGGGGCCGCAUAAAUUCCCCCCGCCGGGUCGCGGUCCCGUUUUUCGACCUUCAUCGCUCCUCUUCCUCAGCAUGACCGGCCGGGAGGAGCUCAGCGAGGACAAGCCCAGGGUGCGGAUGCUUUCCCCGGGGUUCGGCAUCGACAAGGCCCGGCUGCACGGCUCCGGGUUCCGGUCCAAAGGCUUCGCCAUCACCGACCUGCUGGGCCUGGAGUCGGACUUGGCGGCGCGGCAGCAGCCCGCCGGGCCGCCGGGCUCCGGGCCGCCCACCGCGGGCUCCGGGACCGCCGCGGAGCCUCCGGGUCCGGCCGGCGGCCUCGGCGGCUUCUCGUUCCCGGGCGGGUCGCUGCCGCUCGGCCUGGGCUUCCUGUGCAGCCUGGCGGCGCAGCAGCCCGCCGGGGCGCCGUGCUUCCUGCCGGGACACCUGCCGCUGCUGCAGGCGCGGCCAGACGGGCACUACCUGCAGAACCUGGAGGCCCAGCGGGAGCAGUACUCCGAUGAAGAGUGUCUGUCGGACCGAAACGACUCGAAAAGCUCCGGAAAUUCCCAGAAGAGGAAGAAGAGGAGACAUCGCACCGUCUUCACCUCCCACCAGCUGGAGGAGCUGGAGAAGGCCUUCCAUGAGGCCCACUAUCCGGACGUUUACGCCCGGGAGAUGUUGGCCAUGAAGACGGAGCUGCCGGAGGACCGGAUCCAGGUGUGGUUCCAGAACCGGCGGGCGAAGUGGCGGAAGCGUGAGAAGUGCUGGGGCCGCAGCAGCGUCAUGGCGGAGUACGGUCUGUACGGCGCCAUGGUUCGCCACUCCAUCCCGCUGCCAGAGUCCAUCCUCAACUCGGCCAAGAACGGCAUGAUGGGUUCCUGCGCCCCCUGGCUGCUCGGUAUGCACAAGAAGUCCCUGGAGAUGGCCAAGAAAUGCUCCAGCCCGCCGCCGCCUGACCCGUUCUGCGACGCCCCGCAGCGGCGCGCCGAGGGGGCUGGGCUUCUAGAGGGGGAGGAGACAGAGGAGGAAGAGGAGGAAGAGGAAGAGGCCAUCGACCUAUCCAGCUCCGCCAAACAGCCGCAGCAGGAAGAGGGCGGGGCCUCCGCAAGGACCGCCCCCUCACCACAGCAGGGGAGCAGCAGCGAAUCAGAGGAACACAGCUGAAGGUGGGCGGGGCCUGCCUGGACUGUAAUCUGAUUGGCUCUUCCUUCAUGAGGAAGCGUCAUCUGUUGCCAUGCAAACCUGCCGUAUUAAGGCGGAGUUUAUUUUUUUAUGUGGAGCAGGGCAGCUCCACCCACCCGGGAACCAAUCAGAGAGGAGUGGGCGGGGCUAGAGGAGAGGCUGAAGGUUCUGCAGAACCUGGAGUACUUCACUGGACUGGGUUGGACUCCAGAACUCCAGGACUUCAUUUGGUUCUUUUCCCCGUUUUCUACCUGUGCAAGGAGGAAACUUCCUGUCUGAGUGUUUGGAGAUCAGAAUGUAAAAUACAAACUAUACUUACUGUUAUGGUUGUUGUUGUUAUUAUUAUUAUUACUAAAUGUCUGUACAGCCAUUGGUCACCAGAGUGAAAAAUAAAAAUAAGA